UAGUCAAUGCGGUUGGUGCCAGACGGUCCAUUUCGCAAACAAUGCCACGUACACUUAAGCCGCGGUCCAACGUGUUCGCACCAUCUGGAACUUGUAAGUUUCACACACUCAGUGAUACUGCACUUUGUGGAUCGCAAAAAUAAAUUCAAAUACCCGAGUAUUUAGUGAGGUAUCUUUGGAGUUUAAAAAAGAUGAAAACGAAUGUAUCUUAUGUACUAGCAUCACUCACGGCCGUAUUUAGCUGUGCGGUAAUGCAAGUUCGAUGCCUAUCGUUCAUGCUGUCACCAAAUGUUAAGAAAUGUCUGCAGGAAGAAAUACACAAAGAUGUUCUUGUGACAGGCGACUACAAAUUGAGUGGAGCACCAGGCCAUAAAACGCUACUUCUCGUCAGUGAUAGUAAAGGCCACAUUCUGUAUACAAAGGAUGAUGCCUCAGAAGGCAAGUUUGCUUUCACCUCGGAUGACUAUGAUACCUUUGAGAUUUGUUUCUCAACAAAGCUGCCUGCUGGAAUGAGAGGAGCCGAUCGUGAAGUGUAUCUCAAUGUGAAACGUGGUGUUGAAGCUAAGAGCUAUGAAGAUAUUGCUAAAUCUGAAGCUUUGAAACCGAUGGAAGUUGAGCUUCGGCGCCUGGAAGAUCUGUCAGAAGCCAUAGUCAAUGACUUUGCCUAUAUGAAAGCCAGGGAGGAAGAGAUGAGAGAUACAAAUGAAUCCACCAAUUCAAGAGUUCUGUAUUUCAGCAUCUUUUCUAUGGUUUGCCUGCUUAGUCUGGCAACAUGGCAAGUCUUCUAUCUCAGGCGUUACUUCAAAUCAAAGAAGCUCAUUGAGUAAUUGUUUUAGUAUGUUUUGAAGUUUUUUGAUUGAUGUAUUUUUGAGUUAGGUGAGCAAUCUAAAUUUUUCUUUACCAUUUGUCUGCAUUGUUGCUUUGAAGCCUUUCUCGUUAGUAAGCUCUUUGCUUUUUCGUUUGAAUGUUGAAACGUUUUACCCCUAGCCUUCCAAAAACCUCCAAUUCCUCCUUACAUAAGUGGGGAAUUUUGAAGAAUUGAGGCUGUGUAGCAAAAAUACAUGAUGGCUGAUUUCGAAGGAUAUAUUGUGUAAAGAUGUGGGAUAAAACCCAGUGUUGUUUACUCUCAGCCAAGGGUAAACACUCGCCCAGAACAUACAUGUACUUGAAAACAUCCACACUGCCUCAAUGCCAUUUGAAGUAUUAAGGCAGUGUUUACCCCUCCGUGGAAAAUUUGCAAGAAAUAACAGAGAAUUUGGAGGAUUUGGGUUCUAUACAGUUUUUCAUUGAGGCAGUUAGGGGACUUUGUGCUUUGCUUAUUAGGUUGCAUCCUAGUAUCAGUGGACUUAGGGUUAAAUGAUACAUUAAAGGAUGGCUUAACAAAUACGCAAGACUUAAAGUAUACUCAUUUACCAUGCAGUAGAGUGACAGACGUCAUUAUACAUAGUUCUUUUUAUUUAAGUACUCAGAUUAAGUGGUUACCUACCAGUCUGUUAUGUAUUUGCUCUUAUACUGUCAUUUUGCGGUAUUAUACAGUUGGUUUGUUUGGAUUUACAUGUAUACAUGUACCAACUGCCUGAUUUUUAUCUGACUGUGUAGUCUCUGAAUGAAGGUCUCCUUGUAAUAUACUGCCUUUCACAAAUCUGAAUGUUGGGGCUGGAAUUUACUGUACAUGCACAUGCAUUUUCGUUGCUGUUUGGGAGUUGAAUUUCUGUGUUUAUGAGUAAAGACAAGGAAAGCUCUUAAAUUCAAGUUAGUUACAUCAUUCUAAUGUGGUGCACAGUUCCUGUUUAAAAUUCUUCUACUUGCUUUCAAACUGGUUCCUAAAAUGUUAACAAAUACAAAUUGCCUGUGAAAAUCAAGCAUUUACUGGCACAUGCAGCUAUGUAUUUUUGAAUCAGUUUAUUGAAACUGCAGUAGUUUCAUCAUGCAUAUCAAAAGAUAAACAGGAAUUACACACACAAAUGGUUCUGAAGGAACUUACUUUCCUUAUGUACAUGAUUUACUAUUGAGAAUAGUGAUAGAGUUUUGGUCUUUGUGAAUUAAGAAAACAGUACAUCAGCUGGUAAUAAAGUGAUCAAAGUUUAAGCAGACGAUAUAGCCAUUUGCAAAGGACCACCUAGAAUUCUGUUGGUAUUUCUGACACUGGGCUUGCAUUACAUUGUCUCAUUGAAUGAUUACUUACAUGUAACUACAUGUAAUCCGAAAUAAAGGAGGGCACACUAAAUAUUAGACUGAUAACAUUUCAAAUUAUAGAAAUGGAGUCAAAUAGCUUUUUAAUCAAGAUACUAAGGUUACACAUUGGAAAUAAAUAUAACUUGCCAUUUGUGAUUGGUUUAAGUUUGGUAUUUCUUCAGGGCAAUGCAUUUUCUAUGGGUGGAUCUAAACUUUCGCAAAUGACUGUAAUGUGAUGUUCAUCCACUGCUACGUACACCGAGAGAUACUAGAUUUUGGCCUGACCCACCUCACAUCAAUUUUGUCUUGUACUGGUAUCAUAGUAGCCCCAAAGUGCAUUAUAACUUUUAUGUGUUUCAUUUGAACAAAAAAAUUAUUUGGAUGCAAAUUGUUACCAUAAUUAUUCUUUGUCACAUCUGGAAAGGGAGAUGGCCCUCAUUAAUAUGGCAACAGAAAACAUGUCUUAACAUCAUUUCAAGGAUGGAUUUGCGCCGGGGAGAUGUAUAUUAAUUUUGGAUUUUUGCUGAAUCAGGCAGGCAAUCUCGGUGGUCGAGUGUUUGAGACGUCUGCACAAGUAAGCAGGAGGUUAUGGGUUCGAGUCCCAUCCAAGUACGCCUGUUGUUUCUUCACAAGCCCUUGGGGGUAUAUACUGAGUAUACAGUGUUAAAAUACACGUCAGGCAGGGCACAAAUCCUAAAUUAAUAUCUUAAUAUUCAAGUUAUGCAACAUUGAUGAAGCCAAAAAAGAAUAUUAAUAUUAUAAUGACCUUUGUUUUUGGACAGGUUCUCCUCAAAAGUGUUUGCACGAAAAUAUUAAUCCUUUAAUGCAAACCCCCACAAGUAACAGGAAGAAAUGUUUGGGUAGGAGUUUGUAUGAUAUGAAUUUGAAAGAAUUCGGAAUAAACAUUUCUGCUCAGAUGAUGCUUCUUGUGCAGUGUAUUUCUGUUGGUAACAGAAACUGCAUUAUACUGUGCAUAGUAAAUGUGUAACCGUAAGCAAAUAUAAUGGAGUUAAGGUUUUUUG